AUUGAUACGAUGUGGUUGAUCCCCGUCAAAACUGAAAUGAAUCAAUAGUUCGGAAUGACCAAAAUGGGAAACUAGCACUUAUAUCGUGGAUAUUAAGUAAUUUAGGCAAUGCUUUAUUAUUCUUUUCAAUUGAUGGUAGCAUAGAAUUUAUCAUGUUCAAAAUGGAUGCUGUGGUUAUGUGCACAACGUGUUUAUUUCUCUUGAUUUCUAUCGGAUAUUCUGAAUCACAACAAUUAGUCCCACCGAAUGCCACACUUAACAUUGACAUGGAUGAAGAUUCUACAAACGGGACUACGAUUGCUAACUUAUAUGAAACACUCGGAAACUAUUCUGGUGUCUCUCUUGAGUUGACCUUAUCAAAUUAUACGGAUACAUUUUCAGUGAACAACUCUACUGGCAAUAUCGUACUAACUGGAGUAUUAGAUAGAGAAACUACAGAAUUUUACAAUUUUAGCAUUUUGGUAGUGGAGUACAUCAAUGCCAGCAAUAAUGUCACCAUUGACGUUACCGUCAACGUCAUCGACGUUAACGACAACUUGCCUAUAUUCAUGACGUCAGAGUACAAUUUUACAGUGACAGAAGGUCUUAGUGAGGUGAAUCUGGGAGUUGUCACGGCAACAGAUGCUGAUAGUUUUGCAAAUGCAAAUAUUUCAUACAGCCUCGAUGUAGCUGCAACUGACUUUGGGUUUACUAUUCUUGAAUUGACUGGCAACAUCAGUUUAUUGAACAACACAUUUGACUUUGAGUCUGUUCAGAACACGAAUUUUGUUGUGUUUGCCACAGAUAAUGGAAAUCCACCUCAACAAUCCAACACCACAGUGGAUGUAUUUAUUUUAGACUACAAUGAUAAUGCACCGCUAUUUGGUCAAUUGCCAUAUACCAUUUCGAUCACUGAGGGUAAAAACAUUGCAAAUGUCCUUGCUGUCGUGUCAAGUGAUUUGGAUAGUGGAGAGAACAGCAAUGUCACUUACACUUUAGAUGCUAGCGCUUCUAGUAAUGGAAUCACUAUAGACCAAUUGACUGGCAACAUCAGUUUAUUGAACAACACAUUCGACCAUGAGUCUCUCCAGAUCACGAAUUUUGUUGUGUUUGCCACAGAUAAUGGAAAUCCACCUCAACAAUCCAACACCACAGUGGAUGUAUUUAUUUUAGACUACAAUGAUAAUGCACCGCUAUUUGGUCAAUUGCCAUAUACCAUUUCGAUCACUGAGGGUAAAAACAUUGCAAAUGUCCUUGCUGUCGUGUCAAGUGAUUUGGAUAGUGGAGAGAACAGCAAUGUCACUUAUACUUUAGAUGCCAGCGCUUCUAGUUAUGGAUUCACUAUAGACCAAUUGACUGGCAACAUCAGUUUAUUGAACAACACAUUUGACUUUGAGUCUGUUCAGAACACGAGUUUUGUUGUGUUUGCCACUGAUAAUGGAACCCCACCUCUACAAUCCAACACCACAGUGGACGUGUUUAUAUUUGAUUACAACGAUAAUGCCCCAGCCCUUAACAGCGAGUCUUACAAUAUAACAAUUACAGAAGGAGAGACCAUUGGCAACGUUCUGGUUGUCAUAGCAACGGAUGAUGAUAUUGGACAACAGAAUAGCAACGUCACAUAUAGCCUUGAUAUCGCUGCUACUAACUAUGGCUUCGUUAUUGACGAAUUGACGGGUAACAUAAGUGUAGUAAACAACACACUCGACUACGAAACCGAAACAAAUACGAGUUUUGUAGUGUUUGCCACUGAUAAUGGAAGUCCACCUCUACAAUCCAACACCACAGUGGAAGUCUUCAUUUUGGACCUUAACGACAAUGCCCCGGCGUUCAACAGCGAGUCUUACGAUGUAACAUGUACUGAAGGAGAAAGUGCUAUAACAGCUCUACUUGCUAUAAUAGCAACUGAUGAAGAUAGUGGACAAAAUGGAAACGUGACAUACUCUCUUGAUUCUUAUGCCAUAAAUCUAGGAUUUUCUAUAGAUGAACUGACUGGAAAUAUAAGUUUGCUGAAUAACACAUUCGAUUACGAGUCUCUCCAAAACACGAGUUUUGUUGUGUUUGCCACUGAUAAUGGAAAUCCACCUCUGCAGUCCAAUACAACAGUGGAUGUGUUUAUCUUAGACUACAAUGACAACGCCCCAAUAUUUUCAAAUGGAUCUUACUUCAUCAGCAUAUCAGAAAGCGCAUCUUUUGCAUCUGUCUUGGUUGUCAUGGCAACUGAUUUAGAUUCUGGAGAGAAUGGCAAUAUAUCAUACAGCCUCGAUAAUGAAACGAACAGCUAUGGCUUUACUAUUGAUGGUGCAAGUGGUAACAUCACUUUGUUCAUCAAUGCCCUGGACUACGAAGUAGAACACAACAUAAGCUUUGUUGUAUUUGCCACCGACAGUGGAUAUCCCACUCUGCAAUCUAAUGCAACGGUCAUAGUGUCCAUUAUCGAAUACAAUGACAACUACCCAACGUUUAGGAAAGAGCCUUACAAUAUAACAGUUGUAGAAGGAGAGAUCCUUAGCAACAUAUUUGUUGUCAUUGCAAUGGAUGAUGAUAUUGGACAACAAAAUAGCAACGUCACCUAUAGCCUCGACUAUACUGCAACGAGCUAUGGUUUCGUUAUUGACGAAUUGACGGGUAGCAUCAGUCUAGUGAACAACACACUAGACUACGAAACGGAAACGAAUACGAGUUUUGUAGUGUUUGCCACUGAUAAUGGAAGUCCACCUCUACAAUCCAACACCACAGUUGAAGUCUUCAUUUUGGACUUUAACGACAAUGCCCCAGUGUUCAACAGCGAGUCUUACAAUGUAACAUGUACAGAAGGAGAACGUAUUUCAACAGCUCUUGCUGAUAUAGCAACUGAUGUAGAUAGUGGACAAAAUGCUAAUUUGACGUACACUUUGGAUUCAACUGCUAUAAAAUAUGGGUUUACAAUAAAUGAACUUACUGGAAACAUUAGUUUGACGAACAACACAUUUGACUACGAGUCUCUAAAGAACACGAGUUUUGUUGUGUUUGCCACUGAUAAGGGAAGUCCACCUCUACAAUCCAACACCACAGUCGAUGUGUUUAUUUUGGACUACAAUGAUAACUCACCAAUUUUUAAUAAUAUCACGUACAACAUAACAGUGACAGAAGGGAACCAUGUGGCAGAUAUUCUCAAUGUCAUGGCAACGGAUUUAGAUAGUGGGCAAAAUAGUAAUAUAUCAUAUAGUCUCGACUCUACGGCCACCAGCUACGGCUUCUCCAUUGAUGCACACACAGGCUACGUUAGUGUGCUGGAUAAUAUGCUUGACUAUGAAAGUGAACAUAAUACAAGUUUUACUAUAUAUGCCACUGAUAAUGGAAGUCCCCCUCUACAAUCCAACAUCACUGUAGAUGUGUACAUCUUGGAGUACAAUGACAACUCGCCAAUAUUUCUCGGUGUAUCCUAUAAUAUCACUGUCACCGAGGGACAGAUAACUGACGAUGUACUUAUCGUCAUUGCAACCGACAUUGAUAGUGGUCAAAAUAGCAACAUCACCUAUAGCAUAGACCCAGCCGGGAUUGACUAUGGAUUUGUCAUUGGUGAGGUAUCUGGGAAUAUUACUUUACUCAACAACACAUUUGACUUCGAGUCGACUAAGAACACGACUUUUACUGUUUAUGCCACAGACCAAGGAAUUCCAUCCCUCCAGUCCAACACCACAAUUGACAUCUUUGUCUUGGACUUCAAUGAUAACAUCCCAGAGUUUUUGGACUUGCCUUAUAAUAUAACAGUUGCAGAGGGAAUAGUACUUGGAACCGCUCUUAUUGUCAUAGCGACAGAUGCAGACUAUGGACAGAACGCCAAUGUUACAUAUAGCCUUGACAGUGAUGGAAUGAAUCAUGGCUUUGUUAUUGAUGAACUUACUGGAAACAUAAGUUUGCCGAGCAACACCUUUGACUACGAGUCUCUAAGGAACACGAGUUUUGUCGUGUUUGCCACUGAUAAUGGAAGUCCCCUUUUACAAUCCAACACCACAGUGGAAGUGAUAAUAUUGGACUACAAUGAUAACACACCAAUAUUCGUCAACCAACUGUACAAUAUAACCAUCGUUGAAGGUGAAACAGUUACAUCAGCACUCCUCGUUGAGGCCACAGAUGAUGAUAGUGGCCAAAACAGUAACCUGACCUACACACUGGAUGCGACUGCUGUUAACUACGGCUUCUUAAUCGAUGCCACAACUGGAAAUAUAAGUGUGCCAAACAAUUCAUUAGACUAUGAACUGGAACAGAAUACAAGUUUUGUUGUGUUUGUCACUGAUGGGGGAAAACCUGCUCUUCAAGGCAACACAUCCGUUUAUGUCUACAUAUUAGAUCAAAACGACAAUGACCCAAUAUUUGUCAACCAGUUUGCUUACAACAUAACAGUUAUCGAGGGAGAGAUACUAAGCAAUGUACUAAAGCUAGAAGCAUAUGAUAUCGAUAGUGGACAAAAUAGCAAUAUCACUUAUAGUAUCGAUGUUACUGCAAGGAAAGAUGGAUUUAUUAUAAAUGAACUCACAGGCAAUAUUAGCCUGUUGAACAACACAUUCGAUUACGAGUUAAUCAAGAACACGAGUUUUAUAGUGUUUGCCACUGAUAAUGGAAGUCCAUCUCUACAAACCAACACCACGGUGGAUGUGUUUAUCCUAGAUUACAAUGAUAACGCCCCAAGGUUUAGCAAUGCACAAUACAACAUAUCGAUAACAGAAGGGUAUGAAAUUGCAAAUGCAUUGGCAAUUACAGCAUCAGAUUUGGAUAGUGGCGAAAAUAGUAAUAUCACAUAUAGUCUUGAUGUUGAUGGAACAAACAAUGGAUUUACUAUAAUGGAAUUCGCUGGAAAUAUUAGUCUGUUGAACAAAACAUUCGAUUACGAGUUGAUCAAGAACACGAGUUUUAUAGUGUUUGCCACCGACCAUGGAAGUCCACCUUUGCAAUCCAACACCACGGUGGAUGUGUUUAUCUACGACUACAAUGAUAAUGCUCCGAUGUUUGGUCAACUGUCAUAUAACAUUACGAUCACCGAGGGUGAAGACAUUGCAAAUGUCCUUGCUGUCGUGUCAAGUGAUUUGGACAGUGGAGAGAACAGCAAUGUCACUUACACUUUAGAUACUAGCGCUUCUAGCAAUGGAUUCACAAUAGAUGAAUUAACUGGCAACAUCAGUUUAUUGAACAACACAUUCGAUUACGAGUCUCUCCAUAAUACGAGUUUUAUUGUGUUUGCCACUGAUAAUGGAAGUCCACCUCUACAGUCCAACACCACAGUGGAUGUAUUUAUUUUGGACUAUAAUGACAACUCACCAAUCUUUGUUGGUACACCCUACAUAAUCACAUUGACUGAGGGAGAAGCUUUGCCAUCAGCACUAGUAACUAUGGCAACAGAUGAAGACAGUGAGCAGAAUGGAAAUGUCACAUACAGUUUGGAUUCAGCUGCAAUUGCAUUCGGGUUUUCAAUUGAUGAUAUUACUGGAAACAUUAGCCUGCUGAACAACACAUUCGACUACGAGUCUUUCAAGAACACGAGUUUUAUAGUGUUUGCCACUGAUAAUGGAAGUCCACCUCAACAAUCCAACACCACAGUCAACGUAUUUAUCUUAGACUACAACGACAACACACCCGUUAUCGGAAAUACAUUCUACAAUGCAACGAUUUAUGAAGAACUACCAGCCAUAGAUUUCCUGGUUAUUACAGGAACAGAUCUAGACUCUGAACAGAAUGGCAAUAUUUCUUAUAGUCUAGAUGCUACUGCAGUCAGUAUGGGACUUUCAAUAGACAGUCAAUUUGGUAACAUAUCUCUUUUGAAUAAUGCAUUCGACUUCGAGGCAAUGAACAUCACUAGGUACAAUGUAACUGUGUUUGCCAAGGAUAACGGAGAUAUCCCACUAGAGUCGAAUGCUACGAUCAUCUUAAACGUCAUUGACUAUAAUGAUAAUGACCCGGUGUUCAACCAAACCAUUUAUGAAAUCAGUGUAUCAGAGUUCAUCUCAAGAGGCUACAUGACAAGAGUAAAAGCUGUGGAUGCGGAUUCAGGACCUAAUAAAGAUAUAUCAUAUACCAUAGACGAAACAGGAUUGUCAAAUAACUUCAAAAUGAAUGCUAACACAGGAGACCUCAACCUACAGAACAAUACGUUUGACUUCUUGUUAGUCCAGUCAAUCAGUUUCAUUGUGACAGCUACAGAUAGUGGGAAUCCCCCUCUCUCCAGUAAUUCUACCAUCAAUGUUACCAUCCUUGAUAUCAACAACCACGCCCCAAGCUUUCCACAGUCCAACUACAUUGUAUACAUGUCUAGAAGUGCUCCCGUUGGGAGCUUUGUGCAAACUGCAGUCGCAUCCGAUCUGGACAUUGGCUCACUCAACUACAGCGUGUCAGGAGCCUAUAGUUCACUAUUCAAUGCGACUAAAGAUAAUAAUGGAACGCUAACACUCGCUAAGAGGUUACCAGCUUAUCUACCUACGGUCCUGGCUAAGCUGGAUGUUACAGAUGGUCUGUUCUCUGCAACCACUGAUGUUGUCCUGAUCCUCAGUACGGACAAUAUCAACAGCCCUGUCUUCAAUGAGACUGAAUAUAAAGUGACCGUUACAGAGGAUAUGGCAAUAGGAACCGUCAUAUAUAGGGUAACAGCAGCUGACAUUGAUGGUUGGGUAAAUGGGGAUAUCACCUACGAGAUCAUCGGUGAAGAAUACACAGGAAAAAGAAGGAAACGAGCAGUGUAUAUAACAGGGCCAUUUGCCAUAAACGCUACUACUGGUGACAUAUCAGUUGUUAAGCUUUUGAACAGGGAAACACAGCCAGUUUACUGCAUGACUAUCUUGGCUGUUGAUGAUGGUAUACCUCCAAUGUCGGGAAAUACGACAAUAUGUGUUAAUAUAACUGACGCGAACGAUGAAACUCCAAAAUUUGCUACAAACAUUACUUAUGUAACAUUAUGGCAGAACGCAACUAUUGGUACUUUUAUCGCCACGAUGAAUGCUACAGACGGUGAUCUCGCUCCGAAUAACGAGGUGGACUAUCGUAUCAAAUCCUCCUCCUCAGUAGCAAGUAUUGAAUCAGAAGACAAGCUGUUGUACAUUAGAGUUGACAGUUCUUACUUCAGCAUUAAUGCGACUAGUGGGAUUCUUGUCACUGCUAAGGAGUUUAAUUUCACGGAGAAAGGCAUCACAAUUGAUAUUGGUGUAAUCCUUGAGGUAGAGGCCAUUGACAGGGCAUUGGGAUUGGUAGGGGAUGUACAUUUAGUUGAACUGACUCUGAAGUUCGUCAACCGGAACUACCACGCGCCUGUCUUCAACCAAUCUGUGUAUAAUGCCACUAUAUACAACAAUGCAAAAGCAUAUACGUCACUAGAUUACCUUAAUAUUACUGCAACUGACCUUGACUCUGGUCAAGAAGGGGAUAUAACUUACAGUCUUUCACAGAAUGGAUCUAUGGUUUCAGCAUGGAUUGAUCCCAAAGCUGCCACCAUUGUGUUGAUACCACCUGCUUUAGACCUGCUCAGUAUAGCUAACAAUGGUGUCCUAGAGCUGACGGUGGUCGCCACAGAUAAUGGAUAUAUUCCCAGAAACAGCACAUGUACUGUAAAGGUGACCAUACAUAUACUCUCAGUGCCAUACGUUCCACCAACUGUUGCAUUCGAGGAAAAAGAAUUCUGGAGAAAUAUUAUAAUCAUAGUGAUAGUGUCCGCUAUCAUCUUCAUCUUUUUGCUGCUUUUUAUAUUAUGGAUGUGUAUAAAAUGGACCCCUAAGGAAUCUACAUUAGCAAUAGAUGGGGCAGUUGAAAAGGUCACAGAGGUCAAGGUCGUGGGGUUUAAAGAUAAUGCCGAGGUUAAGGUCAUUGAGAACAAUUAUGACAGGGCUGACCCAACAGCAAGUCGACCCAUCAAUAAAAUAGCUUACAAAUCAAACGAUAUUCACGAAUAUUAUGAAGAUGAAAAUACCAGUAUAGCAGAAACUGAUACAUCUUUACCUAUACCUGAUGACUGGAACAAUAGCCCACGUAUAGAAAUAAACACUCAUAUAGAUAAUAAUGUGGAUACAUCAGAUGACAAGGAUAUUGACAAUAUUGAGAUGAAUGAAAAUAAAGGUGACCACAUUGAAGGGGUUGAGUAUAGAGACUAUGAGGAAGAACAGGUGAAGAUGGCUUGGUCAUCUAAUAAUAUUGAAGACAUAGAGCCUGACCAUGAUGUAAUUAAACCACCAUGUAUAAAUGCUUCAAAGAUAAGUCUCCGCAGUGGAACAUCAACGCAAUCAUCCCAAAGUGGAUCAACAUGUAGCUCGACCAGCGUUGGGUCAAAACGAUCAAAGAAUAGCUCAAAAAGAUCCAAAGAUACAUCAGGUUCAAAGAGAUCUAAUAAAAUACAUCCGACAGAUACUAGUAAAAAUGUUGAAAGUGAUGACAAACUCAAGCACAACACUAGUGGUGGAUGGAGGAAAUACGACCAUCAUGAAACAAUUGAGGAAGCUAUAACUAAAGACAUCGUAUCGGAAGAAGACAACACAAAAAUAGAAGAUAAAGACAAAGACAAAGGUAUUGAUGAGAACACAGAGGAUGAUGAAUACACAGAAUAUAGCUCUGAUGAUGAAAGUACUGACUUUGCUAUUGAUCCACCAGUAAGAUCAGUGUCAAGGAUGGAUAACACAGUGUUUUCUGAUUCAGACAGUAUAUAUAGUGAUACAUCUGCAGGGAGCAGUCUCACGGAUACAUCUAAAUAUGUUGACGAUCAUCAAAGUGAAGAUAAUAUGGACUGUAAUGAAAGUGAGCCAUGUUUGGAAGACACUAAUGUAAUGGUUGUUGAUGAUACUGGUAAGAAAAUUGCACAUGAAAACAAUACGAUUCUACCAAAAUCCAAAAUAAUUGAAAAUCAUCCAAGCAUUGUUAUAAAUGCUAAUGAAGGCGUUAAACAUACCGAACGUCCAAAAACAUCUAUAUGUCGACCAGUUGAUGUCGUAAACCAUGAACAAAAAGAAAGAAUCAAAAGUGCGUUCAAUUGGCGAGAGGGUGCUAAUUUAGUGAGCAUUGAUAAAACUGAUUCAAAGCAUCCCCCCACCAAACACGCAUUUGAAGCUAACUCAGGCUCAUCGCGUAGAAGAGACAGUACUAAAGAUAUGGAGGUUCGUUUUAAUAUAAAUGAUAAUAAGGUUAAUGUCAUUGAAUCUGAUGCUGCUUCAAUUAAUGAUCACCACUAUACGAAGAACAAUGAUGGAAUCACUAGAAAGUCCGCUAAACAGAAGCAAUUGUCAAAAUUACAAAAACGAUUAAAAACAGGUUAUUCUUAA